AUGAAUCGUGACUGUAGGAGUUAGAAGCUCAGUAGGGGCACCUGAAGGCAUCACAAGUGCAGAUCAGUGUUGUGUGCGGUCUUCUCGCUGUGUUUGCUGCGUUUGCUGCUGGCUCCCCUCUGUCGUCCAUUAGAGCUCGGUUCCAUCCCCACUGUACGGCGCAGGCCCGAAGUAGCGCAGCCGCUCUGAGUCAUUGUAACGUGGAUCCAGCUGUGUAGACCAGGCGGCCAAUAAUGGACGAGCACGUUGUUCACCAGACAGAACACAUGACCACCAUCGAGGCCAGCGCCGUCAGCCAACAGGUCCAGCAGGUACAUGUGGCCACCUUUACCGAAGCGUCCAUGAUGAGCGCUGAGGAAGACUCAACAUCCUCACCAGAUGAUGAUCCUUAUGAUGAUACGGACAUCCUCAACUCAGCUGGCACUGAUGAGAUCACAGCUCACCUGGCUGCCGCAGGGCCAGUAGGCAUGGCAGCUGCUGCUGCCGUGGCAACUGGUAAGAAAAGAAAGAGGCCUCAUAUCUUUGAAUCCAACCCCUCCAUCCGCAAGAGGCAGCAGACGCGUCUGCUCAGGAAACUGCGAGCCACCCUGGAUGAGUACACCACUAGAGUGGGCCAACAGGCCAUAGUGCUGUGUAUCUCUCCUUCAAAACCCAACCCUGUGUUCAAGGUGUUUGGUGCUGCUCCUCUGGAGAAUGUGGUUAGGAAGUAUAAGGGCAUGAUAUUGGAGGAUCUGGAGAACGCUCUGGCUGAACAUGCCCCCGCUGGUGGAGAGUUAGCCUCAGAGCUGCCCCCCCUCACCAUCGAUGGCAUCCCUGUCUCUGUGGACAAGAUGACCCAGGCCCAGCUGCGAGCGUUCAUCCCAGAGAUGCUGAAGUACUCAACGGGCCGAGGGAAGCCUGGCUGGGGUAAGGAGAGCUGCAAGCCAGUGUGGUGGCCUGAGGAUAUCCCUUGGGCCAACGUACGCAGCGACGUCCGCACAGAGGAGCAGAAACAGAGGGUGUCUUGGACGCAGGCAUUGCGGACUAUCGUUAAGAACUGCUACAAGCAGCAUGGCCGUGAGGAUCUGUUGUAUGCUUUUGAAGACCAGAUAACCACGACAACCACCACCCAGCACCACCUGACCACUGCGCAAAGUAUCACUCAUCUCGUGCCAUCGCAAACUGUGGUACAGACCGUCAACAACCCUGAUGGAACAGUCUCGCUCAUCCAGGUUGGCACAGGACACACAGUUGCCACCCUGGCAGAUGCCUCAGAGCUGCCAGGUGUGACGGUGGCACAGGUCAACUACGCCACAGUGACUGACGGAGAGAUUGUCCCUUUCGAGGUGGAGCAGAACUGGGCCACCCUCCAGGGCGGCGAGAUGACAAUCCAAACCACUCAGGCCUCAGAGGCCACGCAGGCUGUAGCAUCCCUGGCAGAAGCCGCUGUUGCCGCAAGUCACGAAAUGCAGCCCGGAGCCACCGUCACAAUGGCUCUUAACAGUGAGGCAGCAGCCCAUGCUGUAGCGACGUUGGCGGAGGCUACUCUACAAGGCGGAGGGCAGAUUGUCCUGGCAGAGACAGCAGCUGCUGUUGGGGCACUGGCAGGGGUUCAAGAUGCCACAGGUCUGGUCCAGAUCCCAGUCAGCAUGUACCAGACUGUAGUGACCAGCCUCGCCCAUGGCAAUCGGCCCGUCCAGGUUGCCAUGGCACCUGUUGCCACACGCAUAGAUAACACUGUCACGCUUGACGGCCAAGCGGUGGAGGUUGUGACCCUGGAACAGUGACAAUUAAGACCCUGGAAGCAGUAGGAGGCACUGAAUGCCACCUUGGAGAUUUGAUUAUCCUACUGGCUUCCAAGACAUCACGCUGCGUACAAUGUCAAAUAUAUUUUUAAAUGUACAGCUGGAGGGGUAGCAAAAGUGAGUUAUCAAUGUGUUUACUAUGUAAAGAUAUUGCUUUUGUCGGUAUGAUUUUUCUCCAAUUUAGCUUCGUGUUUUUUUUGUUAGCUCUGUGAUGUUGAGUAUUUAGUAUUUAUUUCUUUACAAUUAAUCUUUACAUAAAACAAAGAUGAACCAAAAAGCCAAAGUGUGUAACUAUCACUGUUCUGGAUUUUCAUUAUCGUCUAUGUGCUUGACUGUUUUGUUUUUAGGAUGCAUUUACAAUUCAGUGCCAUAGUCAGAGAUCACUCCUCUGUUAUCCAUAUCCUUGAUCACUAUUCUAAAUGUCACUCUUUCCACCUCAACUCCCCUAAAGCUCUGGAACAGCAUCUGAGCUCCCAGACAUUUCUCACAUUAGAUGAGGAAAUAUUAUGUUGUUGUGUCCUUUUCCCUGUGCUGUUUUACGCACAAGCCAAGAUUUGUGAAGACUCAGGAUAUACAUCAAGAUGUUUUUUACUGCUGAGCUCCCUUCCUGAAGCAGCUAUUUUGUCUACAAAAUCCAUUUAUUUACAGUGCAUGGAUAGGGGCAUCCCUUGGUAUGUUAUUUUUUUUUUUUAACAUUAACUUGUAUCAUGUCAUAUUUGGACAAGAGCUGCAGUAUUUGUGAUGCAAAUAUCAUAAAGGCCUCUCUUUAAAUCUUGGAACAACCUAAAUUUGCUUGCCAAGAAUCGACUUAGUUUGAUGCAGCUUAACAGCUGGUUCAACUUUCACCACUAUUUAAAAAAUAAAGUCCAAUAAAAUGGCUGCUGUUCACCAUUCA